CACAUAGUAAGAGGAAAGCAAUAUUUCAUUGCAGAGCAGUAUUUUAUUUGCUUCGAAAUGUUGAGUUUAAAUUUCGUGCACUACUGUAGUGAGAAACAUUAAAAACUCAUGGUCAUUAUAGAGCAUGAAAACGUGAUGUACAUCCUGCAUCACCUGCAUGCCAGCAACGUCCACUGGCAUCGCAGUAUUUCGUGGCUAUGACAGAUUUCCUAACCUCAAUUAUCAAUAAUUCUCAAUAAUAGAUCAAUAAUAGAUAAUCUCAGCAAUAAUUAAUAGUCUUUAAUUAAUAUCUCGGUUCGCGAGGCAAAGCGACACUUUUCUUAGCCAGAUUCGUUCGUUUUAGAUAAAAACACGCCGAAUAAGCUUAAUUUCAUCAAUUUCUAAAGUGAUGAGGUUAAAGUAGACAAUUUCAGAUUUUUACCAAAUAUUUGCUACAAAUUUUUAUCAACAAAAAAAUUACAGAUGUGACAAAAUAUAUAACGUUGUGGGCAAAAAAUGAAGUUUAUCAAUAAAACAUGGUAGAUUGAUGACAGACUUAACUUCUUAUUUGCUACGUAAUUUAACAGGCUAUAAAUACAAUUGUGAUCAAACAUGAUGACUUGGAACGUUCUUAAAUGUACUUUUGGAUCGUCAAGAAGUAUUUUACGAAACAGAUUAUCGGAAUGUGUUUAUAAAAUCAUCAAACCAAUGUCGACAGUGGAUCCUAAGGAUAUUGAACAUCACUCUGUUUUAAAAAAUGACUGGUGGAGUGAGAACAGUCAGAUGACUGAUCUUCAUUUAUAUGCUGCGUUUAGAAUAAAGUUUGUGAGGAAUGGAUUGGCAAAUGCCGGAGUCCAAAUGCAGAAUGCAGUUCUUCCAUUGGAAGGAGUCAAGAUUGCGGAUGUUGGUUGUGGUGGAGGUAUAUUGACUGAGCGUUUAGCUAGAAUAGGAGCACAAAUAACCGGAAUAGAUGCAUCAGCAGAUUUAAUAAAUGUUGCAAAAGAGCAUGCAAAAUUGGAUCCUAAUAUAUUAGAGAGAGUGAACUAUAUUCAAACAACUGUGGAAGAUUUCUCUCAAAAGGAGAGAGAAUCGUAUGAUGCUGUUGUGGCGUCUGAGGUCUUAGAGCAUGUAGCGGAUGUGCAACUAUUUUUAAAGAAAUGUGUGGAAAUUUUGAAACCUGGAGGGUCGAUUUUUAUAACAACAGAAAAUAGAACUAUAGCAUCUUGGUUGCUCGUUAUUGUAGCAGCAGAAUACAUUUUCAAAAAAGUACCUCUUGGUACUCAUGUAUGGAAUAAAUUUAUCACACCACACGAAAUUCAACAUAUAUUGGAUGAUUAUGGAUGCAGAACGAGAUUAAUUCAUGGCUUUAAAAUUAACCCAUUGUUAAAACAGUGGUCUUGGUCGUCAUGUACAGCAACUUUUUAUGGCCUUCAUGCAAUCAAACAAAAAGAAACUAGCAUAUAGUUUUCGUAACAUGCAAUUUUUUUGUUAUUAAAUACAGAAUUAUGUAUUUUUAUUAUUUAUCGACUAUAAUAUAAUUGAUACUAUGUAUGUGCUAAUAGAAUAAAUGUCAAACAUGCCUUUAGGAUGCUCGGCACUUAUCUUGUCAGCAAAAAAUUAAAUAUUGUUUAAAAAUUAAAUAUUAUAUUGAUUUUGUUUUAUUUGAAUAU